AUGCGAUACUCCGAUGACGGGCCCGAUCGCCAUACUCCCACAACGCAGCCCAUUGCCAACUACCAGUCCAAGGAUGGCCGAUGUGCCAAAAGCUUUGUCCUGACACCCGUCUGCGAUAACGCAGUCGGUGGCAUUUUUCGUGCUGUCACGGCCAUAACUGAUGGGCCUGGCAGCAUGGAUGAAGAAGAACAUGAUCUGGCCACGAGCGAAUCCCUAGACUCGUUCAGUGACUUCUCGGACGAAAUGACAGCCUACGAUGAUGCCUUGGGGAGCAUUUGA